AUGCAUAUUUCUCCGGCUUUUCUUGCGUUGGCCUCAUUUGUGGCCACUGCAGCAACAGUUACGAAUGCAUUCGUCGUAAACAAGCAGUUUUAUCCUUCAAUUGUUUACAUAACGAAGAGCAAUGCUAGUAUGAUGGUCAUUUAUGUGCAAGCACUUAUCCUGGUGUAUAUACUUUUUCAAAUGGUUAGAAAGAUUUUCUUUGGUGAACUACGAGCUUCAGAAGCUGAGCAUUUAUCAGAACGUGCAUGGCAUGCAGUUCUAGAGACUUGCUUAGCAUUUACUGUAUUUCGAGAUGACUUUUCGCCAUUAUUCGUCAUGCAGUUUGUCGGAUUACUGUUUGUAAAAAGCUUCCACUGGUUGGCGGAUGACCGCGUUGAUAUGAUGGAACGCAGUCCUGUGAUAACUUUGAAAUUUCAUAUUCGAAUGAUGUGCAUUGUGGCUUUCCUUGGGGCUACAGAUUCUUAUCUACUUUCUCACGCAUAUUUCACAACACUACUGAAAGGAGCUAGCGCCCAAAUAGUUUUCGGAUUCGAGUAUGCUAUCUUGAUGGCUUUAGUGAUUCAUGUAACCAUCAAAUACAUUCUUCAUAUGCAUGACUUGCGAACCGCGCAAGCAUGGGAGAACAAAGCUGUUUACCUGCUCUAUGCAGAGCUUUUUAUCAAUCUAAUCCGGUGUGUGCUAUACGGAUUAUUCGCGGCUGUUAUGCUACGUGUCCACUCGUUCCCGCUGUUUUCUGUGCGACCGUUCUAUCUCUCCUUGCGAGCAUUGCACAAGGCAAUCAACGAUGUCAUCUUGAGUCGAAGAGCUAUCAACGCUAUGAACAAGGAUUGCAGAGAAAAGUGGGGUGGAACGAUAAAAGAGCCCUCACGAGCAAUUUGCAAAGGAAACAUGCACAUUUACGGGUACGAGACCGAUGGCUUGUUCCCAAUUGUGUCAGCCGAGGAUCUGGCUACAAUGGAUGCCACGUGUAUCAUUUGUCGAGAUGAAAUGACACCCGAGUCAACCCCGAAGCGACUUCCAUGUGGUCAUGUUUUUCAUACACAUUGUCUACGUAGCUGGUUCCAACGACAGCAGACAUGUCCGACUUGCAGGACGGAUAUUUUAGGUAUGGCUUCAGAUUUAUUGGUUAGGUGCUCUUUGGACAUGGACGAAGAUGAUUUUCGUAAGUUUGCAAAGAAUCAGUACCGGCAUUCACAGAAGGUUGCGACCGAAAAGGAAAGGUGGUUCUAG